AAGUCGGCCAGAUCUGGAAGUUCUCGGCUUCAGACAUCCUUCACCGCGGAACGCCUGUCCGCGGUCGGCGAUAAGGCCAACCUUAAGACUGCAGUCGAUGCCUCCCCACUUCCGUCUUGCGUUGAUUGCGCUCAGGCGACUACUGUACACAUUGUGAACCCAAGAGACAACAUUUUGUCUGCCACUAUGUCGACGUUUGAAGAUGUGGACGAGCCCACCAAGAGCACGCAGCUCGAAGACGCUGCCGUCCUUGCGGCGCUCGGUCGAAAAGAUCAGCUCGAGCGUAAUUGGGGAUUCUGGCAAAUCUUGGGAUUUGCGGUCACCAAUCUUUGUUCAUGGGAGUUCGCAGUGCCCCUUCUCAGCUCUGCGUUCCUCAAUGGCGGCCCCGUCGCGCUUGUUUACGGCUUCUUGAGCACGUUCUUUGGCAUCUUGGCCAUCAACUGUUCGCUUGCCGAGAUGGCAUCGAUGUAUCCCGUAGCUGGAGGUCAAUAUUAUUGGACGUAUUACUUUGCACCGCCAAAGAUCCGCGUCUUUCUGAGCUAUCUUCAAGGAUGGUUCACUUCCUGUGCAUGGCAAGUGGGCUUCGUCUCGACAACCCUGUUCAUCACGGAACAAAUCUCCGGACUCAUCGUCUUGAACUACCCUUCGUACGUGCCCAAGGGUUGGCACCUCUUCCUGUGGAUGGUCUUCUUCUCCCUCUUCAACUUGGUCGUGCACACCUACGGCAAGAGAAUCCUCCCCAUGCUCCAAGCGGCAUCCGGAGUGGCCCAUAUCCUGUUCUUCCUCAUCAUCGUCAUCGUUCUCCUGGCUCUCAGUAAGAAAGCACCCAGCUCAUUCGUCUGGACCAAGUUCGAGAAUAACGGCGGCUGGCCCAACAAUGGUAUCAGCUUUUGCAUUGGUCUGCUGUUGCCUGCUUUCUCCAUCUCUGGAGCCGAUGGAUGUGUCCACAUGGCGGAAGAAGUGCGCAACGCGAAUUGGAACAUUCCGCGUGUCUUUGUCUACACACUCCUCAUCAACGGAACCAUGGCGUUCGUGAUUGUCGUCGUCUGCCUCUACAGCAUCACAGACUUGAAACAAGUCCUCGACAGCCGCACAGGAUUUCCCAUCAUCCAAAUCUUCUACAAUGCCACGCAAUCUUACGCCGGAACCACCAUUCUGGACCUGAUGAUGGUCUCCAUCCAAAUCACCUGCUCUCUCUGCCUCUGCGCAGCUUCCAGCCGUCUUGCCUGGUCCUUCUCCCGUGAAAACGGCUUCCCGGGCUCCGCAUGGCUCCGCAAAGUCCAUCCCAAGUUCAAAGUGCCUCUCAACGCAAUCAUCGCCUCCCUCACCUUCGCCAUCGCCCUCUCGACCAUCGUCAUCGGUAGCACAGUCGCCAUCGACGCCGUGGUGUCCCUCUGCACCGUCGCCGCCUUCGCAUCCUACACCCUUCCCAUCGCCUCCUUCCUCUGGUACCGACUCACGCACACCGACAUCCGCUAUGGGCCGUGGCGGAUGGGCUGGUACGGACCGCUGGUCAACGGGUUCGCGCUGUGCUGGUGCAUCUUCUUCGUCGUCAUCCUGCCCUUCCCGCCCGAGCUACCCGUCACACCCGUGAACAUGAACUGGAGCGGACCGAUCUUCCUUGGCAUCACGCUGUUGCUGUCCGGUGAUUGGCUUCUCCGCGCCCGGCAUAUUUACCGUGGUCCGGUUAUUGAGAUUGACGGCGUUCUUGCGGAGGAUACGGCGCCGGCGACGGAGAUACAUGUACACGCGGAUGCGGAUUCGAAGAAAUGAACGAUGGUCGGCUCGUGGUUGUACAUGAGGCCGUAGUGGUAGCCUUACUUUCCGUGUUGCUCUUAUCGUAUACCACGUUAUGAAUUCCAGUGAUGAUCGUGAGCCAUGCCGUAACAUAGGGCCGCAGGGCCUCUGUCGGAUAUCUAUCUAUCUAUCUAUCUAUCUAUCUAUCUAUCUAUCUAUCUAUCUAUCUAUCUAUCUAUCUAUCUAUCUAUCUAUCUAUCUAUCUAUCUAUCUAUCUAUCUAUCUAUCUAUCUAUCUAUCUAUCUAUCUAUCUAUCUAUCUAU